GCCCAUGACCCCCCGGGGCGGGGCGGCUCGGCUGGGCGCGGCUCAGUCCUGCCUCGCGCCGCCGCCGCCCAGGUGCGCGCCGCCUGGCGCAGGUGCUUAAAUAGCGGCGCCGGCCGCGCCGCCACAGUCCUUCGCGCCGCAGCCAGUCUCCCUGCAGGUACUACAGAAAAUAGGAGCUGCUUUGUCCUGGCUCUUCUAUACCACCAGUGUGUUGUGUACAAAGCAUCUCACCCACAUGUGUGGGACCCUUCACAGCCUGUUGUUGAAGCUACAUGCUGUCUUAGUUGCCUGCAUGGCAUCCAACCAAUGAGUUACCAGACUUUGCUUUGCAAGCUUUUCUUUGUGUCCAGACACGCUUUUGGUGUCCUCGCAUCCAACUGUGGCAUCAGGACUCUUCCCCCUGCCAAAAGAGAAGCCCAAAAUCUUCUGUGUACUAGCUCUUGCAGCUGUAUAGGACAGGAAACUGAUUUAAGGAGAGAAACAGAAAAGUCUUCAUAGCCGGUGGAAGGAGAAGCAAGAUUUAUAUGCUUUGAAAAGAUCUACUGUAGUUUUCUGCCACUUAAUGGUAACGGGGGGAAAAAAAUCCAAAAAAAAACAACUCAUCUGCUUGAGGAGAUUCUCUUGUAAUGUAUCCAGUGGCUGUUCCUGCAUCAGGAGGUGAAGGAAAUAAUGGACAACAUAGGAAACUUAUUUUUUUCCUUUUUGUUUUUGGAGCUGUGUUGCUUUGUGCUGGAUUCCUGCUUUCAGUCUUUAUUCUCCAGUCAUGCCCAUCUGGAACCUUCAGUGACUGUAAUGAGGUCCUUAAGGCUGCUGGGCCUGUGCUGGCUGUAACUGGACUGGUUUGUGUUUUACUGGCACGAUCAAGGGCCAGGUUGUAUAUAAGACAAAGACAAUUGCAAAAUGAGCAGGUGUACAGCCUUGUUUUUUGUCAAGGGAGCUGUCAGUUUGCCCAGUUUCUCAUAUUUGGAUUCCUGUUUUUAACUAGUGGUAUGCUAAUUAGCAUCCUGGGCAUUUGGGUUCCUGGCUGCAGCCCCGGUUGGCACACCAUACAGCUCAACCACACCGGCAGUUCUGAUGUGGACCUCCAGGGCUGUGGAUUCCUGUCACUUCAAAUCAUGGGACCUUUGAUUGUGCUCACUGGGUUGUGUUUCUUCGUGAUAGCUCAUGUUAAAAAGAAACAAACCUUAAAUCUCAACCAAGAAUCCUGCGAAAGUGAAGAACAUCCUCAGAGCCCUGAAUCUUUUCAGGUUACAGUAGGUGAUACUGUAAUGGUAUUCCCACCUCCACCGCCUCCUUAUUUUGCUGACCCUGUGUCACCAACUGUGACACAUUGUCUUAUGUCAAGCGGCUUGCCUACAAGUGAAAGUCCUCCACCAUACCACUCUAUCUUCAGUAAUGGAGCACAGCUUGCAGAUGAUGAAAGAACAGUUGCUGUUAGAGACUAUGAAACCAUAUAUACAAUUUCUGGAAGCAGCUCACCUUCAGACAUUUUACCGAUGCUUUACCUCUCCUCUGAAUCACCUCCAAAAUAUGAAGAAAAAGCAUCAAUAACAAGUAAUGACUAUUCUCCAUGUUCUUCUUCAUCUUCAUCAUCUAUUUCCUUAGCCACAACUGACACCAGCUCAUAGAGAACUGUCAGUUAGAUUUAAUUUUAAAUUAAAUUGUACACUCAGAUUUAGAAUUUUUGAAUUUAUUUACAUUUUGUAAUAAAACCAAUAAUGUUG